AUGUACCCUACCGCUGACGGUGACCUCACGAAAUUACUCGACUACAUCUCACGUGGCUUUAACUCGGAGCCCUUCCCCUGUUUCGAAAUCUACGCUGAGCAACCUGAUGUCUUUGCCUGUGUGGAGCAUCAGAGACGAGAGAUUGGAAAAGCUUUGAGGCAAACGAGGAUGGCUGAAUCGGGUUCACAGUCUUUGCCCCUGAUUCCUAAAGUUGCCACGGACAGGUUUGACCGUCGCCGGCGAGGCUUUCUUAUCGUGAUCACCUCAGAUAGCUAUCGUAGCGGGGCCGCGCCGCCUCGCCAUAUAGAGUCAACAGGUCCUCUCUGGGUCAUUUUUGACAGAAAAUUUCCUCACAAGACUUGCAUGGAUACGACGACCCGGCUGGAGAGCGAUCCCCGUGAGGCCCAGGCCAUAGGCAUGGCCAUUGAAGAAAUAGAAGUCUUACCUGAGAAGACGGAGAUACUAGUGAAGCGGAUUCAGGGCACGUACGAUAUGCGAAGCGAUCUGUGGCUGAUGUAUCAAAGAAGUUUCCAAGAGGAUGAAAGCCCGGACUAUGGAUUAGACGAGGACGAAGAUCAGCCUACAGAUCAGAUAGAAGAAAUGGGAGACGGACCAGCAGAAGAUACCUUGAAUCAUCAAGCUCAAGCAUUGUCAUUAUCGACGGAUUUUAAGGUCACCACUGGACCGGGAAAUGCGAUAACAGUCACUUCUUCUUCUUCUUCUUCUAACACGAUGACAUCCGAUCCGACCUCCGUUACGUCGUCUACGCGCCGUUCUUGCAUUAUUGUCCUGGAGGAGGAAACCAUACCCUUGAGAUCACCGCGAGGGCAUUUACUUCAGCGAUAG